AUAGCAUCAGCAGCAUUCCGGUAUCAGUGUAAUUAUCGGAAAAUUUCAACUCUACCAUGGAGUUCCUGGACAGAGUGUUUUCGAAGUAAGAUGCAAUCAGUGCAAUGGAGAUGGCGAAAUCUUUCAUCCGGAUUAUAUUUGAUAGAUCAACAGCUCAUUAACAUUAAAUGGUGUUAA